AGGUGAAGCCCAAAAGCAGAGAGAAAAGCCGGAUAAACGUGUAAUCUGAAUCUGGGAAAAACGACACACAGGAAUCUUUGACGGUUCAACAUGACAUCUAAAGUGGAGAAAUCAAGAAUGCUUGCAAAGCUUGUGCAAGGAUCGACUGGAGAAGAAUUUGGUCUUUUAAUCUCGACUGGAAGUUUCAUAAGAUUCGAGAAAAUGUGGUCGAUUUCCAUGGAGACUUGUGUACAUUUCCCAGUGAUCGUGCCCGAAAAAAAAAAAAAAAAAGGGACUGGACCUGACCGGAUCGGCGACGGGUUUAAAGAAAGAAAAGCUCGCAAAGGUGCUCAACAAAAUCCUCCUAAAGCAAAUUCCUCAAUCCAAAAGGGCAAAGCUCCGUCUUCAGGCAUCUGCAAGAAACACUCCCUCAAAUGCAAAGGAAAGUAUCUCAAGUCACACUUUUCUGGCUUUUAGACAUGGGAAUUGGAGAUCAAACUGGCCAUUCUCAAACUGUCAUGCUUGGCCUUCGGUCAUCUUUCGCACCUCCGCAUUCGACAUUGUAAUGAUUGCGGAGAUGACAAAGAUCAUCCCCGGAAUAUCUUCCGGUUCGAUCUUCGACGUGGUAUUCUUGCUUCUUUCUUCAUCCUUCUUCGUGCAAGGAGCUCAUGCUGACAUUGGGGUCAACUAUGGCACAGUCGCAAACAACUUGCCUCCGCCUGCCGAAGUUGCCCAUUUCCUCCUCGAGUCCACCACGAUCGACCGCAUCAGGCUCUUCGAUGCAAACCCGGACAUAGUAAAAGCCUUUGCUCACACCGGCAUCGCCGUCACCAUCACCGUCCCUAAUGAGCUCAUCCCUCAGCUCACCAAGCUGAGCAAUGCCCAAGAUUGGGUGAGGACUAAUGUCAAGCCUUAUGUUCCCGCCACCAACAUUGUCCGAAUUUUGGUCGGCAACGAAGUGCUGUCGACCGCGAACAAGUUGCUGAUAGGCAACCUGGUGACGUCGAUGCAGAUGCUGCACACAGCCCUUGUCAAUGCGUCACUGGACCGUAAGAUCAAGGUUUCCACCCCUCACUCCUUAGGUAUUUUGUCCAGUUCGACCCCGCCAUCAAGUGGGAAGUUCCGGCAGGGAUACGACGUGCAUGUUCUGAAGCCACUGCUCAGCUUCCUCAGGGAGACCGGCUCACCUUUCCUGGUGAACCCGUACCCGUUUUUUGGCAGCUCUGAGGAUACUCUCGAUUACGCGCUGUUCAGACCAAAUUCGGGGGUGAUGGAUGAGAGUACCAAACUUGUUUACACAAACAUGUUGGACGGGCAAUUGGACGCCGUCUACUCAGCGAUGAAGGCGCUGGGCUUCACCGAUAUUGAGAUCGUAAUAGCGGAAACAGGAUGGCCCUCAAUGGGCGACUCGACCCAAGUCAGUGUGGAUGCAAAGACGGCGGCAGAGUACAACAGUAAUCUCAUCCGCCAUGUAUUGUCGGGCACUGGCACGCCCCUCAUGCCAAAACGGACAUUUGAGACCUACAUUUUCGCUCUCUUCAACGAGAAUCUGAAGCCGGGACCAUUGUGUGAGAGGAACUUCGGACUCUUCAGGCCGGACAUGACCCCUGUAUACGACGCCGGGAUCUUGAGACCCACGGCUGGAUCAUCCAUUCCGAUCGACCCCAGUCCAGUCCCGAGCUCUGUGACACCGCCAACAAGUCCGGCGUCUGUGUCGCCGCCCAAGGGAACACAAUGGUGCCUGCCCAAAACAGAAGCAGACCCCGAUGCUCUGCAGAGAAAUCUCGACUACGUGUGCGGGCUUGGGUUGGACUGCAGGCCUAUCCAAGAAGGCGGCGCGUGCUUCUUGCCGAACACGGUCCGAGCUCACGCGGCAUACGCCAUGAAUGCGUAUUACCAAGCCAUGGGAAGAAGCAACUACGAUUGUGAUUUCAAAGAGACCGGGGCUGUCACCACUGUCGAUCCGAGCUAUGGAAAAUGCACAUACCACGGAUGAUGGGAGCGUCUCUUGCUCAUAAGAUUAGCAAGAAGAACAGCACAGAGCAUUCGUCUUCUUUAUUCCCUCCAAUUUUGAGACAGCUACAUCUCUCUUCUAGUUCUGCUAUGUAGUUUCAAUUUCUACAUUUUGAUUGAAGACAGUGACAAAGGCAAAUGCGGCUAAAAGCCUGCUAGCCAAGUGGAAAUCUAAGUCGUAGUCGUAAAUUUGUACUUCUUGUUCCUUUUCGCAAGUCGCUCAGCUCGAUUAGUCAUCUCGGACCAGCUU